UUUCACUUUCGGUUUCAUAAAUCCGGUUAAAUUUUUCUUGUGUUUUGAUCCGUAGCAUGUGUUUUCCAAUGAUUUUGUGGCUUAUUGAGUUUUUACCUUACCUGUGGGUGGUGACAGUCCCAGUUUAUGGCUCAUUUUGCGGAAUUGACCUCAUUUUACGAAUUUCAAUCCUCCUGUAUAUUUAUAUCAUUGCAGGGGAAAUCGUUCCCAAAUCAAUGCAUUCUUUGGUUCCAUACCUUAGCUUCAUGUUGUGGGCUCUUAUCGUGUACUUUGUUCCCGUGAACCUCAUUCCAUGGCCCAUGAUCUGGUUGUACGACAAACUUCUCUGGGUUACAGGGCCAGUAUUAAUGAUUACAGAAAUUAUUCUGGCUGUGAAUUUUCAAAUGCGUUGCAGUCAAAUGGCUAUUGACAGGAUUGAAGAAGAUGAUUCUCCUGGUUUUAAGCUUAUCAUCAUAUUAUUUUCGUCUGGCUGUUAUGCACUGAUGGCUUCAUUCCUGUAUGAGAUUUAUUCCACUGGAUCUACUACUCAUUAUUUGUUGCUACUCUUGGUAUUGGUGAUGUGUGUGACGGUACACAACAUGAUGUGGAUGUCGCAGGAUGGAAUCCUGUGUGACGCAGCAUUUACCUGCCUGUGUACUGUGUCUAUUCUGUAUGCAAUGAAAGAGGAGACAACUCUGAUCAACUCACCUCUCAAAACACCCUCCACCUGGUUUCAGUAUGAUCCAAAGAUGUCCAUGUUUUAUUUGGGAACAUUCAUAUUCAAUAGCACUGUUGACAGCGCAGGAAUGGCUAUUGGAUUUCUUAUGAAAUUUUUGCGUCCAUUUUUCCUGUUGACAUUAGGUGUUCGACUCUACAGCAUACUCUAUAUAAUAGAAGCUUUACUGAAGAAAGAUGUCUUGCAGCAUGAUUUCUCAAUGGAUUCCGAUGAAUAUCUAGUGGAACAAAUCACACCAUGGAAAUCCCCCUUGACCAUGAAAUUGGCUGUUGUGUUCAUGUUCACACAGAUGACUAGCAACUUGUUCUAUGAAAGUCAGGGGGUCACAAUUCUGAACACGCCUCCGUUUAACUUAGUGAGGAACUUUUAUCCAAAAGACAUCAUCUUUGGCCGAAUAGUCCAGAUGAUUGGAGUGAAUUGUUUUUACAUUUGGAGGUUGUCCAAUGAUCGAAUGGAUUUGAAUGACUGGUUCUCAUAAGGCAUUCAUUAGAUUAUUUUAAUUUCUUAUAUACUAAUUACAUGUACUUAAUUUAAUAAGGCAUUUGGACCAAUACCAUUCCCCUCUUAUACACUUUUGAAAUCAAGUACCUGUAUAAAAGUGUGAAAGAAAGCUAUAAUCUCAGAUUGAGAUACUUUUUGAAUGAUCUGUGCAUAUAAAUUCAUUUUUAUAUACCGGUACCAUUAUUAUAUGUUUGUAAAAAGCAAUGAUAUCAUUACAGAUGUGCCAUUACAUGUUGUCUUUGUGCAGAGAGAGAGAGAGAGAGAGAGAGAGAGAGAGAGAGAGAAAGAGAGGUGGUUUAGUCAGCUUUUUCAGAUUGUUUGAAUAUUAGCCAAUAUAUUUGUUGUGUGUUUGUGUUGUUUUUGUUUUUGGUUGUUGUUGAUUUAUUUUAAUGUGAGAAAAACAAUUAACUCCUGUUUAUUUAAAAAAAAAACAUUCUUAGAAAAGACUGAUUUAUUUAUGUAUUACAAGACAGCUGGUGUUCAGUAUGAUCUCAACAAAUAUUCAUUUUCCAUUUUUUU